AACUUCCGCCGUAACGCUUUAAGGCUUUUUGUCCUUCUGUGUCGGCCGUCUCAUGUGACCUCUUUAGGCCAAUGAAAGCAGAAUAUUUGGCCAAUCAAAGCAGGCGGAGAGAAGGUUCGUGGCGGCGGGAGUGGGCACAGCUUCUUAGGCAUGGAUGACCUGUUUGCGAAAUAUGUGUCUCAAAAAGUCAGCAAGAUCCGCUGGCGGCCCCUACCUGCUGCGGCUUUGCAGCCUCCCGAAGUCUUCGCCACGGGCUCGUGGGACAAUGAGGAAAACAAGAUAUCUGUUUGGUCUGUUGGAGACUUUGGAGGUUUGGGCCCAAAUGGAGAAUAUAAUGGAGAACCACACCUAUUGUGUGACAUCCAACAUAGUGGUGAUGUUAUGGAUAUGCAGUUUCUGGAUCAGGAGAGAAUUGUGGCUGCUUCAUCCACUGGAAGUGUGACCAUUUUUCGACAUCAUCAAAAUAAUCAGACACUUUCCAUAAGCCAGAAAUGGGAACAUGCACAUUACUAUAAUCUAUCCUGUGGGAAUGCACCAUGCACUGGGAUAAUCUGCAACAGCCCUGAAAUUGUUACAGUUGGUGAAGAUGGCAGGAUAAAUAUGUUCACAGCUGACCGUAAGGAAGCUGUGCAGAGUGUAGACAAUGCUGACAGCAGCACACUCCAUGCAGUGACUCGACUCCGUACAACAGAAAUCCUGACGGUCAAUUCCAUUGGUCAGCUAAAAAUAUGGGAUUUCAGACAGCAAGGAAAUGAGCCUUCACAAAUAUUUUCUCUGACAGGAGAAAGAGCUCCACUGCACUGUGUUGACAGGCAUCCCAGUCAACAGCACAUUGUAGCUACAGGUAGCCAAGAUGGAAUGUUGAGUAUUUGGGAUGUAAGACAAGGCAGCAUGCCAGUUUCUUUGCUGAAUGCCCAUGAAGCAGAAUUGUGGGAAGUGCAUUUUCAUCCUUCCAAUCCGGAUCAUCUGUUCACUUGUUCUGAGGAUGGGUCUCUGUGGCACUGGGAUGCGUCAAGUGAUGUUUCUGAAAGAAAAUCUUUUCUUCAUGCAGGUGGGAAAAGUACUACAUUUCUGCCUCAGCCUGUAAUAAGUACAUGGUUAAGCAACGAUCCUACUAAAGACCGCAUGGAAAUCACAAACUUAAUUCCAAAUCCAACAUUAUCUGUUAACUCUUUAGAUAUCUUAGGAUUUUGUCUUGUUUAUGGAACAGAUGCAGAAUCUAUUUAUGUUAAGAAAAACCUCUUUGCAUAAGUCUGUUUAACUAGAAUAGGUCCUGCACUAUAACAACAGUCACGUUUCCAAAUACUAGAAUCUAUACAAUUUUGUUUAGCCACGAUUAUAUCUAAGGAUAUAAUUUGGACUAUAGAAGGAAUACAAUCCAUGUUACAGCUUUAGUUCUUUAAUUUUUAAGUCAACAAUCCACUUCAUUAUGUCUCAUUUGCCAUAAGCUAAUUAAUGCUCAAAAAUACAACGUAAUAAUGAUAAAAUCAGUUCAACAGUUCUUCAGUAACAAGAAUGAAAACUGAGUGUUUUGUUUCUGUUAUUAAAAUGGUAACAAUAUCCAACAUUCUGAGUAAACACUGCAUUGGGAAAAAAUUGAUAAAUAAAAAGUUAGUACAGUACCUGGAGUGUAAAGACUUCUCAGUGAAAGAUAAGAACAUACAUAGUAAAGGAAAGCAGAAGGUCCUUUAAAGAUUUUUUUAUAGUAAAGCAGUAGAGGAGAAACCUGUCAAUGAAUUACUACUACCAUCUUCCCUCAACACUGAAACUGAAAUCCAGCAAUUUAUGGAGAGUCAUGGAUUUUGCACCCCUGCAGUAGACCAUAAAACAAAACUGUAUUUGCUCUGUAAUAUGGAUUUUAUUUGGAUUUGUGCUCUUUUGUUAUACUUUUUUUCUUGAAAGUAAGGCUAAUCUCUUUCAGUGGCAGUGACUUCUGGUAAACAUGUGAACUUUUUGAAAAGCCUGUUUGUAAAAAUCCAAACUUCAUGUAAUUUGUGAUAAUAAAAAUAUGAAUACAUUUCUUACACUGUCA